AAAGGUUAGUAAACUGUAUCUAAUCUAAAAGAUGUGGGACAACAGAGUAGAUAUGUUUAUUUUAGCAUUCUACCAGUCUUUAUUGCCUUCAACACUCCUUGAUAGCAAUGUUGCACAUGCCAAACUUAUCCCUCAUUCCACAUUUCCAACAUCAGAAUGUCAGAAUUGAUUUGCAGACUCCAAUAUGCUUGAGGGACACACGAGACUUGGCUGCUGAAAUAUUCCUUUCCUAUAUCAUAUCACUGGUUCAAGAUGCUCCCCUAAUGUCCUGCACUUCUAUCAACACAAGCUGAAGUUUGUCUAGGAGAAGACGAAGAAUGUGAAGAUGAUAUUUUAGUUCUCUUUCUCUUUGGUGUAUUGAUUUGGGAUAUGCAACUAAACAGAAAAAACAUGCCAAAAUAAUGUCUUCAAACAUAUGUUCCUGCAGUAUAUGCCAAUUACCUAGAUGUUCUUUUUUCUCUUACCAUGCAAUGUGUAUCUGUCUAAACUGAUGGGAAAAUAUGGAGAUUUUUACCAAGGCAUAAAUGUGAUCAAGUAGAUGAACUUGUGGUCUUAGCCUCUACCUAAGUUGAGUCUUCUCACAAAUACAUUCUCUUUUUCUCUCCUAUAAGAAUUCUCUUGUGUUUGCUGUCCUUCUGUGUGGCUACUAAGCAUUUCAGAUCUGGUCAGUGAGUUCCUUUUUUAAUUUAUUGGCGUUGGUCUCAAUGAUUUCAGGAAUUCUCACAAACACAAUAUAUCUGUUUUUUGUCA